CUUAGUAAAAUCAAAAUGGUUGAAAAAACAAGAAAAAAGUAAACUCAAAAAAUAUAUACGAGGAAGAAAAAAACGAUAGCAAAAUGGGCCUUUAGUGGGCCAACCCAUUUUAAAACUUAGGGUUUCUCGCAGGUAUAACUUUGUGGCUUCUGCUCCGUCUCCCUUCUCUUCCGCCGCACUUGCUUUGCUUCUCCUCAGUCUUUGGAUUUAGAUUCGUCUUCUCUUCAACUUAAUCUUCACGAUGCAAAACGAAGAGGGUCAGAACACGGAACUAUACGUUCCUAGGAAAUGCUCUGCCACUAACCGGUUGAUCACAUCAAAGGAUCAUGCCUCUGUGCAGCUCAACAUUGGUCAUUUAGAUGCUGAUGGCAUCUACACCGGACAAUUCUCAACCUUUGCUCUCUGCGGUUUUGUUCGUGCCCAGGGAGAUGCUGACAGUGGUGUGGACAGGCUGUGGCAGAAGAAGAAGGUCGAAGCCAAACAAAACUAAGACCUUUAGCUGUCUUUAUUUUUUGUCGGAAUUUUCGUACUUUUAAGAAAAGAUCAUCGGACAUACUGAAGUAAUGUUUUUUGCUUGACUCAUGGUUUUAGUGAUCUUGUGCACUUGCUUGUUCUGAUCUUCUCCUAAGUGACUUAUUAUCUUCAAUUUGCGGAACCUUCCUCAUUCUCAAGUUCUAGAGUUCGAGUCGAAUUGAAUAAACGUAUCUCCCUUUCUAUCAAAUACUGUUUAAACAUCAUAUUCAUAAGCUCUGGCCAUUUUCGAUUAUCC